GUUCUGGUUAAGAAAGAAAUUUCCUCAAACACCGCAAAAGACGUUUUCAUUGCUCUUAGUCAGACAUGGAAACUACUUACCUUUUGCCUUUUGGUUGCUGUCUUAUCAGGAAUAAUUGUUUGGUUUUUGGUAUGUUUUGCAAAAACUUCUUCUACUCUUAUACCCGUCUUUUAAAACCAAGGGUAAUAUGAGAUCAUUCAAUUAUUAAAAGGUAUGGGUUAGGGUUUAGGCCGAAGGAUACAAUUUAAUUGCCGGAGGAUCUAUUCAUUCGUACAAAACACUUAAUUACUAACUUUUUGGCGCAUAAAGUUUCAAGCACUAUAUUUAGUCAUGUAACACUUUAUGUUGUUAAAUUUAAGGGUUCCACGGUUUUGCUCAGUUAAUGAGAAGAAACUGAAAAUGAAAAAAACAUAAAAACUGUGCACACGUAAUUCUUUACCGUAUAUAAUAGCAAAAUCUGAGGGUGCUGCUGUAGAUACAUUCGAUCGCAAAAUAUAAACCUUAAACUUUUUCAGCCAGAUGACGAUUAAGGUUUUUUAUUCGUUAUAGGAUCACAAAACAAACUCCGGACACUUCCCAGAGUCGUUUAAGCACGGAAUGCAAGAAGGCUUAUGGUGGGCCAUUGUUACCAUGACAACCACAGGGUAGGGACAUGUUAUACUUUACAGUUAAAGUGCACACCUGCGAAUGGAGUUGACAAUAAUGUUUAACGAAUACGCACGGCAUUAAUUUUGAAAAAUAAAACCCUUUCAAUUCUUUCUUUAUAAGAAAGUUUACAGAAGGCUAGGCGGUAUCUUAAUGGGCUUUCGCUCAAUUACCAUUAUUUGAAAGUUUCCCAAACUAGAUUAUGUUAUCACAGAGCGUUCCUGGUGCCCUCCAGUUAGCUAUUAAGGAGUACAAGAUACGGUCACUGAGGACUACAGCCUACGGUAAUACACGGGGGACCUGGUUCUAGAAUUACUGCGCUCGCUCGUUAGUACCAGGGCUUUUGUAGUCCGUCGUCUGGUCGCGCGCUACGAGGGAGUAGUCGAGGAGAUUCGCGUGGUGAGAACAACGUAAGUAUUUUUUUUUACCAAUUUUUAACCUUUUAAACGUUACUUUUAUGUUGAACAGUCUUUGGGCAAUUAACCUUGAGCGUAAAAGAGGUAAAAAUCGCAUUUUUUUUCCUGUUUAUGGUUCUGAUUACUGACGUCCUUUACAUUCUUUUUUAUUACAAAAGUGUGCCAAGCAGAUUAGGAUGUCAACAGGAGAUGUACACAGAUGCAGGUAAUUCACUUUCUUAUGCUACUUUUCAAAGGUGAACUGCGAUCUUUGUUGGAAGUAUGUACUUUUUCAAAAUCAAAAUAGAUUGUAAAGGCUUUUAUAUAAAACGGAAACUUCAUCGUGAAUCAUGACAGCUGUGUAUUUAUUUGUCUCCUUAGUGUGUGCUCCAGUGGCUAGUCUCUGUUCGAACAAAGUAAGCUCACAUUUCUGAAGAUGACAUUUGUAUAAAUUGUUUUUCAAAUGCUUAUACAUGAAUUUAUUUACUGGUUUUGUGUCCUAUUAAUAGGCUGAGUAGAUUGAUAUGCUGAAGGAAAGUUGAACCUUGGGAAGGGAAAUGUGCCUCCGUUUCCGGUUUUAGGCGCCUUUUUGAUUGACAGUUAAAUGAACACGUCAAAAUGAGGAAUGAGCACAGGUGUUUUGAGUCUUUCACGUUAAGAACAGUUGAGUUAAUAUUUCUGUGUUUUAUCGCGUUGAUUAAGUGUUCACAGUGGCCACAGAGCCGAGAUAUUUUGUGUGAAUUCGAGAGCGAAAGUGUAAAAAACAAAGGAGUAUAGAGUUAUUCGUACAACCACGGAGAGAAAUUCGUCUCAAACAGUGUAAAGCAAACAACAGAAACACGCGCGGACGUCGAAGGUGAUUUUGCAAUAGUGCCUAAAUCAGAAUGAGUGUUUCAAACGAACAGAGAGACCAAACACUGAAGUUAUUUCCAUCCAGCGAGUCUAACAGUACGCCCAAAGCAAGUAAAAGCUCAAUUCUGAGAAAGAAACUUCAAGCAGAGAAACCCGCCCUUGAGAUAAAAAUAGCCGAGCAAAAGUGCGAAGAAGAAAUCAGUCAGGCUACUGCAUGCCGAGGCGGAGUGACGUGCCGAGCUGCUAGACCUUAAAAGGAGAACUGAAGAAACAAAAUUAGACGUGGCUUACGAAGAUGCUCUUACUAUUGAGGAUUCUAAUCAUGGAGAUAUUAACGAUAAAGAUUUGGAGGGGUUACCUGUUGAUGAUGUAGAGGAUCGUGUUUUACGCUCACAUUUGACCUUAGCUCCCAACACUCAGACUGUUGUUGAUGAUAAACGUCCCGUUGGUAAAGAAUCCUUAACCGUUCAAGCCGUUGACGAAGGCGAUGACAAUGGAGAAAUUAAGUAAAACCGGAGACAAGAAAACGUCGAGGCGAAACAUGAUAUGAUAUGCAAUCCGGCUACCACAGGGAUUCCAGGUGAGCCACAAGUCAAGCUAGAUCAAUUUUUUGAGAAAAUGCUUCCAGCGUUCACUAAAAUUGUCAAACCAAGUGUGCCAAAAUUAACGGAGAGCCACUCGCGUACUCGAAGUUUAUAGCAGCAUUUAAAGUGGAAGUUGACAAAAAGGAGGUUUAUAAUGCGACAGACAAGCUUAAAUUUCUGUUAGAUGCAAAGGAAGAAAGUGCAAAGUCCUGUUUGGCAAAAUGUUUGUCAGGCUCUGAAAAAUAUAAGAAGACAUGGACUGCGCGAGAUGAGCGUUUUGGUCGAGCGGACACAUUGUUGUGUCCGCAGCUAAAAGGCGUGUAGAUCAAUUCCCAAUCAUAGUGAAAGAAAAAUAGCGAGCAGCAGAUGAGGCAGUGUCAAGAAAUGGUGUCGGAAUUAACGGGCGUGUAUAAGGAACACAACUUUGUUCAUGAGAUAGAUAGAUACCAGAAGCAAACGCUGCUAAGUAUAAGCUUCCUGUUCUUCUUUGCGGUAGUUGGGCUGAGUUUGUGGAAGGAAAAUCGAAACGUUCUACCUGGGAGUCGUUUGCGAAUUGGCUAGAAAAAGAAGCGAAAAUAUGCGAGUCAAAGCAGAGGUGGAUGCUGGAAAAGCAAGAAUGGAGAAGGUUUGAUUCGACUAGGAGUGAUUUACCUAAAAGUGGUUCACGUAGGUCUGCUGGCAAUCCCGCGGUGCCAGGACUGUUUGCGGGAACAACACAAGAGACUCCCGCAAGUGAUGAAAAGUUGACAAAGAAGUGUCCAGUUCAUAACUCGACAAGUCAUGAGUUAGAGGAGUGUAAGAAGUUUAAGGAACUGCCCACUCUUGAGAAAGAGAAACUCGUUGAGGAACAUAAACUUUGCCUGUUGUGUCUUGUCUGUUACCGGGCCAUCCGCUGAACAAAUGCAAUGCUAAGAAUGGAAGCAAAGUCGAGGGAUUUGCAUGCGUCAUCAUACUCUAGUUCAUGAGGUUGACUUGAACAUUAUUGAACGAUCAAGAGCGAGAAAAGCAGAAAAACUGGCAGUUGGUGAAGGAGCCCAGAAACCUUUUGUUCCGGAGGGUGAUAGCAAACCUCUAAAUCAGUCAGAGAAAUCGUGGGAGCAGUGUCGUCACUCGGUGAGUUUAGGCUGCAAGGUUGGCAUUCGUGUGUUGGUUGAGGUGCUGCCUGUAGUUCUGUUCUCAUAGAAAGGCGAGCAACAGGUUAUGGCGUUGCGUGACUCAGGAUGUAACACAACACUUAUGAGAUGAAGAAUUGGCUCAUUCACUUGAUCUUAAGGUGUUAAUACAGAGAAGGAGUUGACCUCGAGACACAUAAAGAACUGCCGUAUUGCUAGAGUUGGAAGAGAAGGGGUGAAGUACGUAUCGAGAGAUGUGAAAACGUUUCCUAACCUACGUGGUCCGUAUCAGAAGAUAAAGUGGUCGGCAAUUAAACAGAACUUUAGCCACCUGAAAGACUUGGACUUGAAGGACACGGACACGGGUCCAGUGCGACUGAUAAUAGGAGCAACAACUCAGAUUUGAUUCUACCAAUGCAGAUUGUGAAACCUUCAGGACAGUCACAUGCUGACAAAGUACCAUACGCAGUCGAGACACCUCUCGGUUGGGCAGUCACUAACUGGUUACCCUGUGAACAAAGAGUGGCGGUUGCUUACUGCUCAGUCGGAGGUAGUAGAGUCAUCAGGUGUGGUGAGGCUAGCAGAACCCGUGCGUUCAGUUGAGGACAGACGCGCGUUGGCAGUAAUGGAGCAGACGACUGAGAAAUUGGAGGGUGAAGACGCUUAUGUGUCAGGGCUGCUUUGACGCGAAGAAGACCCAUCGCUUCCUUAUAACUAUGAUAUGGCUGCCCGGAGACUUGAGUCGUUAGAGAAGAAGUUUAAAAAUAAUCCCGAAGUCAAUCCAGGAUGACAUUGAGAAGGGUUACGUGAGAAAACUAAAUAAAGAGAAAGUACAUGUAUCGCUGACAGCAAAGUGACUUGGUACUUACCACUCAAGACACCUGAUCGUCUCAGGAGAGUAUAUGAUGCAUCAGCGAAAUUCAGGUGUCAAAGGCUAAAUGAUAAAAUGUACACAGGACCGGACUACUCGUCGUCGUUUUUUGGUGUUUUGCUUAGAUUUUGCGAACUGAAAGAAGAAUAGCGUUAGCAGCAGACGUGAGAGAAAUGUACCACAUGUUGCGUUUACCUGAGAUUGAUCAGCCAGCCAUGAGCUUUCUUUGGAGGGAAUCGCCGAACGAAGAACCAAGUGGUUAUCAGUUUGAGAGAACAGUUUAGUGUCGGCGCCAUCUCGGGCUAACUACACGAUGAGGCGUAAUGCAGAUGAGAACAGGGUAGAUCUUCCCCUCGGCGUCAAGGCUUUUUACAAGCAUUUUGACAUGGAUGACGAUCUACCGUCUACUGACUUGCGAGAAGAAAUUUAAAUGCGGAAGCAGAUGACAGAGUUAUUGCGCCGUGGAGGAUUCAAAUUACACAAGUGGCUAACAAAUGACCCUAUUGUAUUGGACUAGAUCCCGGUAGAGGAUAGAUCUCCGCGUUUCCUUGAGUUGUGUGAAAAUAAAUUACCAACAGACCGAGCAUUAGGAGUUACGUGGGAUGCUCAAGAAGAUGUAUUCAAGUUCAAUGCACUUAAACAAGAACCAGCUACUACAAAGAGAACAAUCUUAAGCCAAGUGUUCUCUGUUUGGGACCCUCGAGGACUUCUCCUCCCGUUUUCAAUCAGAAGCAAGAUUAUCCUUCAAAAUCUGAAUCGCUUAAAGUACGGAUGGGAUGAUGGGUUGAAAGAAGCUGAUCUUCGUGAGUGGUGCGAAUGGUUUAAAGAAUCAUAGCUGCUUGAAACUGUGCAAAUUCUGAGGACACUAUUCAGCCGAAACGAGCUAUUUCUAGAAACUGUCCUGAAUGUGUUUUGUGACGCGAGCCAAGAUACUUACGGAGCGAGUGCUCACCUCAGACGAGAGUUUGAAGAUAAUGUAGUUGAAUGCAGACUAAGCGCUGGGAAAGGUCGAGUUGUGCCACUUAAGGCAGAGUCUAUCUGUAGACUUGAACUAAUGGGAGCUGUUAUUGCUGCCUGUUGAGCUGAAACACUGGCAGCAGAGUUAAUGACAAAGACAGAGAAGAUAACCUUUUGGAGUGAUUCUAUCACCGUUCUUCACUGGUUUCACCAGACGAGCUCCAACUACAAGGCGUUCGUGGGAAAUCGAGUAUCCGAGACUCACACAAUCAUGAGUAACCUGGAAACUACACUAGGGGCGGGUACAGUGAGCUGGAGAUACGCGCCGACAGUUGAUAAUCCGGCAAAUGAUAUUACCCGGGAACUCCACCCUGUAGGACUAUACGUGAAGCAUCCCUACAGCGCUUGGCUGGAGUUCCCUUACAAAGCAGGAGAGUUCUGGCCAGAAAACAAUGUUGAAGUGCACCUGGAAGAAGACAAGAGAGAAACGAAAACGCUAAGAUGGGUCGGAGUUUCCCAGGAAAUUGAACCUGUGUUGGGGUGGAAAAGAUAUUCCUCCCUAGCGGAACUAAGAAGAGUGCUGGCGUACGUGAUGCGAUUUGCAAGGAAUAGACGAGUAAAGAAGGAACUGCGUCAGACGGGACCAGUGACAGUAACAGACUUAAGAGCUGCUCAGAACCAGCUAGUGAAGAGAGCGCAAGUAGAGUCUUUUGGCGAGGAGAUAAGGCGCCUGGAAAAUGGUCAGGAGGUUCAUAAGCGGAACAGAAUCAAAUCUCUUGAUCCGAGAAUGGAGGGUGGAUUUCUAGUAGUCGGUGGAAGGUUGCAAAAGGCACAAGCAUUCCCUUACAAGACACGACACCCGAAGAUAAUUGACUCACAUCAUGAACUUGCGCAGCUGAUCAUUGAGGACAUGCAUCGUGCCUACCACAAUCCACUAAUCGAACAUUUGCUGAAUCAAAUCAUCCAUUGGCUCAUCCAUUGUCGUUAAGCUGUGAGGAGCGUGAAAUUUAACUGCAAUUACUGUUAUCGUCAGACAGUAAGACCCCAGGAGCAGCAAUGGGAAACCGAACCUGGAAUUCAGGAACACUGGGGUUGAUUUUUUUUGGUCCUGUGAUAAUUAAGAGGAGACGCAGUGAAGUUAAAGUGUAGGGUUGUUUGUUUGUUUGCAUGGCUAAACUAGAGCUUGCCAUCUUCAACUGGUAGACGAUCUAUCAACGGAUUAUUUCAUGAUUGCUUUGAAGAGGUUCAUUGCGCGGCGUGGGAGACCACUAAGAAUAUACAGCGAUAACGGAACUAACUUUGUAGGUGCCAAUAAUAAUGCGCUGUUGAAAUUUCUAGGGCAACUGAAUGAAGAGAAAGUCCAAAACUUUUGUGAACCAAGGGAGAUUGAGUAGACUUUCCAACCACCAAGGGCUUCCCACUUCAGUGGCGCGUGGGAGAGGUUAGUGCAGUGUGCAAAGAAAACCUUGAAGUCUGUGCUGCAAAACAGGAUCGUUGCUAAAGAAGCUCUUAGAACAGCUCUGGUCGAAGCAGAUGGUGUACUAAACAGUCGCCCCAUCACACAUGUCUCAAACGAUGCGGGUGAUAUAGAAGCGCUGACGCCAAAUCAUUUUCUGCUUCUGCGAGCAAAUUCGAGUAAUGAAGAGGCUGAAGUUAGUGAGAGAGAGAGAUCAACGCAACGAAAUUAUGGCGACAGUCUCAAGCGCUUAUUAACGCUUCUUUUGGAAGCGCUUAAACCAAGGAGCAUAUGCCUAGUCUUACAGAGAGGAAGAAGUGGAGAGAGAAGAGAAAGAAUCUGAAGGAAGGAGGCGUAGUGCUUGUUGCAGAACCGAUCGAACCAGCCGCGAGGAAUAUGGCCUUCGGGUAAGAUUGUGUCUACUCCGGCCUGGAUAAGAUGGGAUGGUCCGAGCAGUCACGGUGCGUACUCAGUACGGGGAAUACAAGAGACCAAUCACAAAACUGUGUUUCUUAGAGGAACCUAUUGUAGGUCUAGAAACUGUAAAUCGACUUGACUUUGUGUGGCGACGAGGGGCGGGAAUGUGCCUCAGCUUCCGGUUUUAGGCCUGAUUUUGAUUGACAGUUAAAUGAACACGUGAUAAUGAGGAAUGAACACAUGUGUUUUGAAUCUUUCGCGUUAAGAACAGGUGAGUAAAUAUUUCUGUAUUUUAUGAUGUCGACUCCUCGACAGGGAAAUUAGUGGAGAAUUAUGGUGAAUCGAAAUCUGGUACCAUGACCAAACAAGGAGUGUUAUGUUUUACCAGGAGCCCAUCAAAUGGAGCCUCCAUCUCCCAUACAAGCCCUUGGAGUCAACCCUUUCCCGAGUAGAUUUAUAAUUAGAACGGUUCCCAGGGGAGACUUCGCGCGCCGACGGUGGGAAGAGCCAAUCACAACCACGAAAUGACACUGCUAUUGUACUUAAUCAAACAGCAGGAAAUCCGGUGCUGACAGGCCAAACACAAUCAUGAGCUAGUGAAACGUGACUUAAGCGUUUUCAUCCCUCAGAGAUUUUCCUUUUUUUCUUUCUAGCGGGUAGAUUAUAAUGUGGAAAGUUUUACACUCUGAUUAUGUUAAUCUUAAUUUUGGUCAAAUUUCUAGGUUUUUUUUUCCGAACUGCGUUUAUCUGAAUAAAUACUUGUAGUCCUUGUGGUUGUUUUGUCCGUCAGCUAGUGUGAUGAUUCCCUGCUAUGUUUUGUGACGCCGGGCCCAGCCAUUGUUUUCUCGCAAAAAAGUGAUCUACAGAUGCGAAUUCGAAGGAAGGAAUUGAGCCUUAACUUCUACAUUAACUGCUGAAAAUUGUCCUGUUAUUCAGUCAUAAUUCUUUUGGCGCAGAUACAAUCCAUUUUGUUUUUCUUGAGAUAAGUGGGUCUUUGGACUGGAGCGCGAUGUCACAAAUUCCUCCGUUAGCAAAUUACGGUUGAAUUAACUUCACGGUCGAGCAACUGUUGUCUUCUGUUCAAAUUUUCAAGCCCUUGUUUUAUCAGGCAACUCUCAUGGUGAUACAAGUCAGUUGUAAAGGAAGACUGCAAUUUCUGAAAUUUCGGAACUGAAGCAUUCCUCGUUACUUGCUACUUAGGUCAUCGCUUUUGCACGCGGUGCUUAACUGGCGAAAUCCACUCCUCGGUGAUGACAAAAAUCAUAUGAUCCUGGCACUUUUUCGUCGCUGGUCAUCGAAAAGUUUCAAGUCGUCCACAGAACGUUUAAUCGUCGAAUCUUUUCAAGGUGCAUGCUUAAAUGUGGGAUGUAUGACGGCAAAAAAAAAACACUCCCAAAGAUAACCUUUCCGUGAUCCUCAGUUGGCUGCCUUUGUCCCAUCGCUUCAUGCUCAUUCUCAGUCGGGUAAUUCAUUAACUUUUAUGUCACGAUACCCAGAUCCCAGCGGCUGUAAAAUUGUAAAAACGGACGUAAAGGAAUAAAGGAAAACGUUCGAAUGACGGGCUUCUGAGUUCGACUUCAUCCAAUUUUAUUUUUUCACGGUGACUCACGGAAAUAUGACACUUUUCGCGGGAAACUAGCCGUUCUAUUUAUAAAUCUACUCGGGAAAGGGUUGGAGGAUGGAGGCUCCAUUUGAUGGGCUCCUGGUUUUACUUUGGAUUCAGAAUUAAUAUUUCUUGAAUAUAAAAGUGUUUCCCAAAAUGAAAUAAUUUACUGACUGGAGGCAGCAGCCUAAAAACAGCUUUUUAUGUUGCUGUUGAUCAACAGGUGAUAAAACAUUGCCAGGAUGCAAUUUUAUAGCAAGAAAAUAUUUUUGAUUCUACGUAUUAAUUUUAUAAAAUAUCUCCCUUUUUUUAGUUAGUGGGCCGUUUCGUUGGAAUGAAGCAAAAAAUACUCUGCUCCUACGUGAGUUAUACUCCUUGGAACCAUUUCGGCACAAAGUCGGCAGCAGGAAAACUUGGCAGAAGUGGACAGAAACAGCCGAAACACUAAUGACUGCUUCGGUCUUUUUAGAGACAUGCCUCGGGAUCAGCGUAGUGUAAGAGAACAAGUUAAUAAGCUGUUAAAAGACUACAAGAACAAGAAAAACAAGGACGAACAAACAAGUGGGAUCAAGCCUGAUCCACUAACAGAAACGAAACAUUGCUUGAGCAGCGUGCAAAGAAAGUUGUGUACGAUAGCCUGGGGCUAGUGGAUUUUGCAAUCAGGCUAGUGAAUUCUGUUCUUAACUUGCCCGAAGGGCAAGUGAAGUUUUUUGGGAAAUUCAAAUUACAAAAGAACUGUAAUCAAUGCUGCUUAUGAAAAGCAUUUUUGGGCUAGUUAAAAAGACUCUUGGGCUAUAGUCAUACUAGUAGAAACUUGCCCGAAUGGCAAGUCGUAAAACUGACUUUUUUGCACCCUGUUGAGGAAUUAGUUGAGGCCAUGGAGUCAUUCAAGAACACUUCGCGUGGGAAAUGCAAACAGCAAAAACGAUGACCAGAAGAGGAACGAUGCACUUGCAUGUAGAGAUAAAGCCAUGACCACGUAAGCGAAGGCCUGAACAAGUGAUGAAGCCUUUCAUUCUGGGGACGAAAGUGCCACAGAGAAGAAGACUGUAAAGAGAAGAGGAAGAAAAAGAAGAGCUAGUUCUGAACCUUUCCACUAUUUAGUAGAGAAAACAGCUAAGGAAACAGACCUCAGAAAAGAACAGCUGUAACUUCAAAGGCAGCAGCUGCAACUUCAGGCUGGGCAGCAAAAAGAGCAACUCAAAGCGCAACAAGAGCAGAUGAAGCAAAAGGUACAAAGUCAAAUGAACACACAAAGCCUUACUCUUGCUCUAGUACAAAAACGUACAAAGUGAUAACAUUUAAAGAGUUUUGUUGUUUGAGAGCUUGGUUAUUUUGUAACCCCACACAUUCAAUUCAAAGUGGCAUUUUGCAGUUUUUGGAAAUUCUAAUAUGUUGCUUUGUUUCACAGCACCUUUAACAAACUGUUGCUUUUUUCUAUUAGUUAUCAAAAAAUUCCCCCAAAAUACAUAAGCAUGCGUGGUGAACUUUGCUUGGUAAAUUGUUGUAAGUAGAAACAAGAGAAAGGAUAACUUGUUUAUUGUUCAUGUUUUCCAAAAUACAGUAAUUUAAUGAUUGUUACCAAAGUGGUCAUGAAAUUGUUAUUUCUUUCAUUUUGACAGUUUGGGUCCAUUAUCUUUUUCAUACAGGAAUUAAGUUAACAGUGAAUAGUCACUGUAUUGGUUGAUAGUAAAGUUAUUGCACAUACCAUAGAUGAUUACCAUGACAACUGCAUAUUUAACUCCAAGGUUUACCAACUUUAGUGGAAAAUAAACUUAGUGUCAAUCAAAGUUUUCUGUGCCCUCCAUCACCGGUUCAGACCACCUCCCUGACCCACCCGGCAAACAAAGACAACACUGAUCAAUGUUUUAAAAUCUGAUCAGUGUUUCAUAAGAACUUUGUAGGUUAUACUAAUUGGCCGCUUUUUCCUGGUUUCAAGUGAACAUUUGUUUUUUUCUUUUUAAAGCCUUGCUGCUUUCUAUUUUUAAAUUUCAUUUUGACGGACUGAAGACUCACCAGACACUAGCAAUGAACUUGUGUGAAAAAAUAAAACCUGAAAUCCUGGAUUAGCUGCUUGAACAACCUAUUAUAUUUUGUCUGACUUGGCAUGACCUCAGACAUCUCUUUUUGAUAGCGGUGCUCCUGCGCGCGCGAAGCGCGCCUGGGGCAGAGCCCCAUACUAAUGGAAUAUGGUCAACCUCUUUUCGCUUGGUUGUCACGUGAAUGACCGAGCGUGCGUACGUACGUACGCGUCUACAGAUUGUACGGGUAGGGUAGGGGAGACUCAAAAGGAAGGGAGGGGUGUCUCAGGCGUGUCUUGGCAAGUCCUCAUCUUUUAUAUAUGACACUCACAAUAUGGUCAAUUGACAGCUGUCAAAACAGGAUAGCCACUGACCAGUAUCCCAUGACCAUAUCGCGGGUUCACGUGUCAACUCAUCGAGGUGACGUGAUUUAUUUGGAAGCUGUCCGCUGACCAGUUAAUCGUUUUACUAGAUCGCGAGCAAUGUUCAAUCAUACUUUUUAGCUAGUUUGGGAUCGGAGCACAGGAAAACUGAUACACAUAUUGGACAUCAAUGUUGUGAUCAAUUGACAGCUGUCAAAACAAGAUAUCCGCUGACCAGUAUCACUUGAGCGAAUCGCGGGCUCAGGUGUCGACCCAUCGAGGUCAAGUAUUUUUUGAAGUUAUCCACUGACAAGGCACUGGUUUUCAAAUGAUCGCAGGCUCAAGUUUAAUUUUUUCCAAAAAAAUGCAUAUGAAAUAUAUUGUGUUUAUGUGCCGCACAAUUUCAAACUGACCUCGGACGCGAAAAUUCAGUCAGCAGCUACAGGCAGGGAAGACAGUUGCUUUUGACUUUUCUCACCAUGUUCUAGCCUGAAAUUCAUCCGAUUGCUUCGAGUCGUUUUCUCCUCUCAACAAUUACUGAGGGAGUUAUAACGACUCGAGGUAAUCGGAUGAAAUUCAGGCUAACCAUGUUCACGCGUUGGUCACGUUCUACGUCCAAUUUUUAUGCUCUGAUUGGUCAAAAUUUGACAGGUGAGUUCAUGCGGAAAAUUUAGGUAGCAUCUUGAAUCUUGUUUACUUUGACAGCUGAAGCUGACAGAGUUUUGUGCCAACUUGUGAUGUUUUUAACUGUCUUUUUCCACUGGAUGUACAAAAUGAAAUUCAGCUGCUAUCGGAAGUCUUCUGUUAUUCAUGGCUAGCUUGUUUAUUGGGUUUUUGGUUGAGAAAAACGUCACUUGUCAAAGUUGGAAAUCCGAUUUCGGAUGGCAUCGUUUUCGUUUUCACCUUGCUUAAAGCGUAAGAGGGUUUCAAAGUCUGAAGCGAUACUGGCCUUACUUGGUACCUUUGGGGAGCUGCAUCUCGAGUGGUAAGCCUGGGUAAUUAUUGUAUGUGAUGUUUGUUUUUUAUUUCUAAUUUAGGGACGGACCAUUAGAAAAGUUAUGGGAGGGGGGGGAGGGGAAUUUUCGAGCCGCAGGAAUUUUUUUUCGUUAUCAAAUUCCUUGUAUGAAUUUUUUUUCAGGCCCUUGCAUGAAUAUUUCUUAGGGUUAAUUUGCGUGCAAGAAUUUUUUUAAACUAAAUUUUCCCUUGCGCGAAUUUUUUUUUGUACUUCGCUCGCCCCCCCCACCCCAUAAGUUUUCUAAUGGUCCGUCCCUUAAUGAAGUCGAGCGUAGUUUAUGCGGCUAUUUUGUUUACGCACGUUUGUAAGAUUUGAGAUAAUGAUCUGACCGAGUAUCAGGUUUAUAUAAGCUUACAGAUCUUUAAAAAGCCUUUAGACAUUUUCUCACCGCAAAUAGAAAGAACACGUUCCAAAGAAUUUUUAGUUAUAAUUCUGGCUGUAAAAGCAGCUUUGAGCGAUUUUCUUGCCUCGAGUUCGUCUUUGAAAAAAGCAAACACCGGGAAGCCGGCUUAAAACAAAAACUUCAGCUUUAAGCUCGAAGACUCAGGAUUUUUAGAGACACUUUAAUACUUGUCUUCCUGAAUGAAAAUUGUCGUCUCUGUAUAUGUUUUACCGAAUUUUAUUUCUUUUAUUGAUUAUUAGUAGUCUCUCUUGUAAUUUUAAUCGCUGUGCCGAUUGUUUUCAGUCGUUCAGUGAACAACGCUUCCCAGAGUACCCAAAAUGCCGCGCGUUAAACCAUUUUAAAAUAGAAAAUAAACAUAAUAAAUUCUUUAUAUAUUGGAGCUUAACUGUGUUAAUGUUCAUUCAAACACUCGCCACAGCUAGCACUGCAAAAGUCAGAACCGGCUGGCCGUAUAGGUGUUUUUGGAAAUUUUUUUAACGGUUUAGCUAAAGCCCACGCGUGCUUCGAUCGUCCUGAAUAUUGCAUGAUAGCAAUUUGUUUUGCAAAACUGUCAAAUACUGCAUUCUGUUGUCCGAGGUCUGUAUGAUAAAAACAGUGCCUCAUAGUACUGUUUCACCUCAGAUGUAAGGUUGGUUUACACGAACCCAGAUUUGUUGACAAUAUUUUGUAAAGUAAACUUGUCGAACGCAAAAAAUUCGGCCGAAACUUUUUUCCAGGCCCAAUCAACCUAGGGUGAUCAAGAACCAUUAUGGCUCUUUAAAAAUGUGAUCGAAGACGAUUGCCAGUUUUUGGGUGUACAUAUGAGGCCAUCAACUCGAUGUAAGAUUUGGUUCACUCUGGGGUUGUUUGCAAAUUAUUUUUGUCUAAAGUCACUUAGCCUUUCCCUGAAAAGUCACAUGAAUGUGCUGUAAAGGUAACUGAAUUGUGGAAUACAAGUUUAUUGUUUGAUUUAAAUUAUAAAUUAUUAAUGCCUCGCUUUUAGCCCUGGCUAAAUCUAUAUAUCAUACUAUGGUGCCAGUAGGCCAAAUAAUCUUGAACAGUUGGUGGAUCAAGUUGAAAAUGUGUUGAUGUUGUGUUACUAUAAAUGCAGGUGAGAAUAUUUCUAGACAGUGCCCAAACUAUAUACUGCUUUCCAAUUACGCGUAAUCCUAACUUUAGAUUUUUCUUGAAAUCUGUGAACUUGAAGGAGUUGGAGAUAUCGCCAUUUAGCCAUCUCACAGGGGUGCUACGAAAACUAAGACCCUCGAAAACUAAGACCUAAGACCUAAGAUCCGUCUCAGUUUUCGAGAUUACGAAAACUACUGAAGGUCUCCUAAAAUCGAAUCCGUCGAAAUAUGAAGCCAAAUUGUAACCGAAAUAGGUCUAAUCUAACAAAUUAUCUUCUGUCCGAUUCUUUCCACCGAGUUUUAGGUGAAAUUUAACGGUAAAUGCACGGGUCUUAGUUUUCGCAAUUUCGAAAACAAAGAUCCCCCUUAGUUUUCCUUAUUACGAAAACUAAGACCCCCUACAUAACCAAUCCGUAAAAUAUAUGUGAAGCUGAAUUACGACCGUUCAAAGACUAUCCGUAAAACAAGCAAAAACCUGAAAAAGUAUCAUCUGCGUGCUGACGAUCCGCUUCUUCUGAUAAUUUGCAGACCGUAUCAGUAUUGAGGCUUUAAAAAGAGGAUGAAAAGCCAUAGACUACCUGGGUAUAAUUGUACCCUGGAAAUAUACCUUACCCCGCCGAUUGGUCUAUAAUUUUGGUUCUUUAAAAAUUGUAAAAUUGGCUUUUUACUGGAGAUGGAUUUUUGUCUUCCUGUCUCUGCGGCCGUGAUUGCGUUACCUAAAUAUCACCCAAGUGGUGUUUUGUUUUGAUCGUUUGUUUAUUUUAUUUUUUCUGAAACUAAAAACGCAAAAUUUUCAAGAUGAUGCCUUGCUAGUACAGGAAAUGCAUUCAUUAAUUGAUUUUAGCCAGUAUCCCUCACAGACUAUUUCUCCUUGCCCCCACCCUACCCCUCUUCCACCCCGAAAUUGUAACUUUUCAACUGGUUUCCGGUGAUCUCCGGGGUGGCGUGUAGCAUAUACUCUUUUUUUCGCCCUUUUAAAGAAAGCAUUUUUCUGUCAAUGGCUUGGGCCUGGCCAGAAAAGGAAAAAAAAACGUAUUGUUGUGUGAUGUUUAACCGAUAACGCCGUUGACCAUUAGUGCGACAAACGCAGACUGGCAGGUAAACGACCCAUCAAAGUUUAAGUCAUUUAAAGGUCUAGUUUAGGAAUCCGCUCAAGCAUUUCACAACAAAUGUUUACCUCGUUUACCUGCCAGUCUGCGUUUGUCGCACACCGGGACGAAGUGGGUAAGCUGGGUCUCCAUAGGGACAUAGGACCUUCCCCCUUGGACCGUAAGCUUCUCACAUUUUAAUGUGUUUGCAGCAGGCCAGCGUGUUUGAGCAUCCCUGCAACGUGGCGUGCACCCUCCACCGGACCAUAAAGAUUUGCUAUGAAACCAUUUGGCAGUGCUAUAGAUUAAAUUAUUAGCGAAUGAACACGCUCGUGCCUGUUGUAUACAAUGCGCUGUUUUUCUCCAGAGCGCCAUAUGGGUCGAACCGUGCCGUCAGUGAAACCAAAACAAUUGGUAAGUGGACUUCCUUGUCUUGUUAUAGCACGGGCGUAUUCUUGAAGGCAAGUAGGGGUGAGAAAUGGCUGAUUCCAAGAGGUUAAACGAAACCCGUGUUCAUUAAAAACCCAAUCAAGUACAGUGUUAGCCAUCAUGCAGAGCUCUGGCACCGGACGUCCAAAAGUUGAAAUUAAAUCGAAAUAGCGGCAUGGGUAUGCUAAUAGUUUUAGCAGUAAACCGAAGUCCUUCUAAGCUACUGCAAGCUGUUCCCUGUGGGCAAUUGAAUCUCGCCGGAAUCCGAAAUGCAUUCAAUAAAAUCGCAAUAUCAUCCUUAGCCACCCUGAAGUGAGCUUCGCACUCGCAAGAGUUGAACACAUCCAAACAGAAUGGAUCAAAAUUCCAGUCUGGAAAUUGAGGAUUAACGGGUCAGUAAUAAUCGUAAAUAAUAAUAAACUCUUCAUCAUCGAGAAAACCACCGGCAAAAACAAUUAAAAGGGUGUUUCUAACAUCUUCGAAAGAGAUUUUCUUUUCCAAGCGCAGCCAUAGUCUAAGUCUUCGUUGUCACGAUCUUAACAUCAAACAACAGUCCAAUUUUUGCGGCCUUUUAGCGUAGUCGGCCCAGUCCACGCGUGGCUUGGACUCUCACGUCCAGAAGUACUUCGUAGUCCGUAGUGACCGUAUCUUAAAGUCCCUAUUAGUUGAGCACUACCGACUGAAGAUCUCGAUUAGAACAUGUAUAGCUUUCGACGAAGGUUCGCGCAUUAAAACGUUCGAUUUUGUAACUCAGCAUAUGUUUUCUUUCCAGAUCAUGGUAUAUAUUAUUCAAGAAUUUGUUCAUGCUUAGCGUGCGUAUAUCGAGUUAUGGAGUGCUCUCCAAACUUCCCAAGUGCAUCCAUAACUCGAUAUACGCACAGCUAAAAGCAUAAGCAAUUUUUUUAACAACAUAUCUGACAAAAAUGGUUGCUUUUUGAUUAACUACAAAGUUCUCAAAAUUGUUAAGUUAAACGUGUUCAUAAUAGAGACCUUUACAUUCGACGACGAGAACGACAACGAGUACGAGAUUUAACAUACAGCCGAACUCGUUGUAUCGCCCUACGCAUUUGCAAACUUCGAAUGGGUUUUUCUGUUCCGUCCGAAUCAUUUGAGUGUGGGUGGGGUUAAUGCAAAUCACAAUGCAACGCGCUCGCCCAGCUUGGACCGCAAAGACAAAACUGAGAAUGACUCUAGACUGCUCAAGAAUAGCGAAAUCGCGAUGAUGAGUGGAAUUUUUGUCGAGGGCAGGAGGCAGACAUAAGAUAAGAAAAAGAAGGAUCAGAAAAAUCUUCGAAGAAAACUGAUCGAUUAUUGCCCGAAACAGGGCGAUCGAACCUUGCAACACAGAAACAACCAAAGUGGAUCAAAAUGCACCAAUCACAAGUAAACAUAUGUGUCCUAAGAGGUCCGCCAAGAUUAUUGACGGAAAAAAACCUAUAAGUUGGCGUUGCAAGCAACAAACCAUCCGAGGAGGAUGUUAAAUUAUAAUUUCCUGAUCUUUUUAUCGACACAAGUUCUCUUAAAUACGUUGGGGCGAAUCCAUAGAUGGCCUUAAAAACAAAUGGUAGAAUCUUAAAACUAAUGCGUUGCCUAACCGGUAGCCAGUGCAGCUCGUACAGCAACGGCGUUAUGCGACAGUAGCGUGGCGCGCGACAAACUAGUCUUGCUGCGGCAUUUAGAACGCGCUGAACCUUAUUCAGGUGAGAAGCUGGCAAGCCAUAUAAAAGACUAUUACAAUAAUCUACACGCGAUGUAACAAACGCAUGUACGAGGGCUUUAUGAAGAAUGAAGACGGCUACCAAGUUUUCAUGCCAAAAUGACGCUGGUUCACGCGCGCGCAAUACUGUAUUGAAGAAAUCUCGUCCUCGUAGUCGUACUCGUCUUAGAAUCUAAAGGUCUCUAAUGUUUAUUUUAUUUGUAGCUAUGGUGACAAGACUCCAAAAUCCACACUUGCUCGGGUAUAUGCUUCGCUGUGGAUGAUCGUCGGAUUGAUGUUAAUGUCAGUCAUUACUGCCCAGGUCUCCUCGACCAUCACCUCUGAAAACCUACGCUCCUUGGAUGAAGAGUUUGGCAAAAAGGUACAAUAG